GUGUUAAUCAGUGAAGAUGGCGGCGAGUAAUGGAGGAGGGAUGGAGGUGGACGCUGCGGCGAGCCCCAGUGUGAUGGCAUCAGGUGUAACAGGGAGUGUAUCAGUUGCGCUGCAUCCGUUGGUGAUCCUGAACAUUUCUGAUCACUGGAUCAGACUUCGAUCACAGGAGGGUCGAACCAUGCAGGUGAUCGGAGCUCUGAUAGGAAAACAGGAGGGGAGGAAUAUUGAGGUGAUGAACUCGUUUGAGCUGCUGUUCCACACGGUGGAGGAUCGAAUCCACAUUGACAAGGAGUAUUACUAUACUAAAGAGGAACAGUUUAAACAGGUCUUUAAGGACAUGGAGUUCCUGGGCUGGUACACGACCGGCGGCGCUCCUGACCAAUCAGAUAUCCACAUUCACAAACAGGUGUGUGAGAUCAUCGAGAGUCCACUCUUCCUAAAACUUAACCCCAUGACCAAACACACAGAUCUUCCUGUCAGUGUGUACGAGUCAGUGAUCGACAUCAUUAACGGAGAGGCAACCGUGUUGUUUGCGGAGUUACCCUACACCCUGGCGACAGAGGAAGCCGAGAGGAUCGGAGUGGAUCACGUCGCUCGCAUGACCUCUACAGGAACAGGAGAGAAUUCCACAGUUGCUGAACACCUGAUAGCUCAGCACAGCGCUAUAAAGAUGCUGCACAGUCGAGUGAAGAUCAUUCUGGAGUACGUUAAAGCUGUGGAAGCAGGUGAGGUUCCGUUUAACCAUGAGAUCCUGCGGGAGGCGAACGCUUUGUGUCACCGACUUCCUGUACUGAGCACACUCAAAUUCAAAACAGACUUCUAUGAUCAAUGUAAUGACGUGGGUUUGAUGGCGUAUCUGGGCACCAUCACCAAAACCUGUAACAGUAUGAAUCAGUUCAUCAACAAGUUCAACGUUCUGUACGACCGACAGGGAAUCGGACGCCGCAUGAGGGGGCUGUUCUUCUAACACACACACACACACACACACACACACACACACACACACACACACACACACACAGUGAUGUUGGAGUAAAACACUGACCUGUUCUGUUCUGAUAAUUAAUGUUAAUAAAUAUGAUUCUGAUUUA